AUGGACAUAGCGAGCAGUCCAUCGGCGUCGAGGCAACCCUCAUAUGAAAACUGUCGCACCGCACAGACAGUCCAACCAACCUCUGACCCGAUUUCACAGAUGGAUAUCACUUCAGCACCAGAAGCUCGCUCCGUGCUAACACGCCUAUACAUCUCACAUACGCUGUCAGCAUGGAACUCACGUAUGUUCGAGUUUGGCGCAGUGCUGUUUCUGGCCUCCAUUUUCCCAGAUACGCUGCUCUAUGUGUCGAUCUAUGCACUCGUCCGGGCCUUAUCAGCUGUUGCGUUUUCUCCUUGGCUGGGUGCGUGGGUUGAUCGGUCUGAUCGGCUUGUUGCUUUGAGGUACUCUAUCGUUUGGCAGCGAAUCCCGGUUGCUGUGUCGUGUCUGUGCUUUGUGGUGCUUUUGACUACAGAAUCUCGGACGAUCACUCUUCUUCUAUUUGGUGUACAGGGACUUUUGGCCUGUUUGGAGAAAGUAGCUGCUACAGCUAAUACCGUGGCUGUCGAGCGAGAUUGGGCAAUUGUGAUAUCGGACAACAUCAAUGUCCCUCGACAAAAAUUAAACGCUUCAAUGCGACGAAUCGACCUCUUCUGCAAACUGCUAGCCCCAGUCUUCAUCUCCCUAGUUGACAGUCUCAAAACGAAAUACGCCAUCUGGACAGUCUUCGGUCUGAACUGCGCAUCCGUGGCGGUCGAAUACAUGGCAAUCGCCCAAGUCUACCGAGCAGUGCCAGCUCUGAAAAAGCAAAUUACAGCUUCUAACACGCUGGAUGCUGAUGAUCAAUCUCAUGAGAGUAACCAAAAUAUUGGCACCAGCCCAUCUACUAAUCACCACAAAUCUUCCUUGAAGGAAUACACCACAAGCCCGGUCUUCCUCCCCUCCGUCGCUCUAAGCCUCCUCUACCUAACUGUCCUCUCGUUCGGCGCCACAAUGGUCACAUAUCUCCUCAGCACGGGCUUCAGUUCCUUGCAGGUUAGCUAUAUGCGCAUUGGCUCGGUAGCGGCUGAAUUGUCUGGUACUUGGACGGCCCCGAUGAUCAUGAACAAAAUUGGCCCAAUCCGGUCCGGACUGUGGUUCUUGAAUUGGCAAUUUGUCUGCGUGACUGCAGCAGCCGCAGCUUUUGUUGUGUGGGAUUCUGAUUCCAGCGUUGUUGCUUGGACGCUCAUUGUUGGUGUUGCUAUGAGUCGGAUUGGGCUUUGGGGAUUUGAUUUAUCUGUUCAGUUUCUUGUCCAGGAGACUAUCGAGGAACAUGCACGCGCUCGUUUCUCUGCUACCGAGAUGGCACUGCAGAAUGUUUUCGAGAUGCUUUCGUUCGCUUCGACUAUUGCAUUCCCGCUCCCUGCGCAAUUCCAAUAUCCAGUGCUAAUCAGUUCUGGUGCUGUAACCGUAGCGGCUAUCUGCUUUGCAGCGUAUGUUCGCAAGGAACGCGGUCAUCUGUUGCACCGAUCACGGUGUAUGGGAGGAGACAAGAUUGUAUAUCGAGCACUCGAAUCGGGGACAGUGUAA